GGGCCACGUGGCGCAAGCGCAGUGUUCCCGGGCGUCUUGGUCCACCUGCGACCGGCUUCCACACUCUUCUUCCCUGGAAGGUCGCUUCUGGUUCUGUCUUCCCAUCGUGGUUCACCGAUGUCUGAAGAGAAGGCCAGCAACCCUUCGGAGAAGAUGGGAAGCGAGGAGAAGCCGGCAAGUAUCAGUGAGGAGAAACGAAAAGAAGGCGGCAAGAAGAAGAACAAAGAAGGAUCUGGGGAUGGAGGUCGAGCAGAGUUGAAUCCUUGGCCUGAAUAUAUUAACACACGUCUUGAGAUGUAUAAUAAACUAAAAGCAGAGCACGAUUCCAUUCUGGCAGAAAAAGCAGAAAAAGAUAGCAAGCCAAUUAAAGUCACUCUGCCUGAUGGUAAACAGGUUGAUGCAGAAUCCUGGAAAACUACACCAUAUAAUAUAGCUUGUGGAAUUAGUCAAGGCCUGGCUGACAACACUGUUAUUGCUAAAGUGAAUAAAGUUGUUUGGGACCUAGACCGCCCUCUGGAGGAAGAUUGUACCUUGGAACUUCUCAAAUUUGAGGACGAGGAAGCUCAGGCAGUAUACUGGCACUCAAGUGCUCACAUAAUGGGCGAAGCCAUGGAAAGAGUCUACGGUGGAUGUUUGUGUUAUGGUCCACCGAUAGAAAAUGGAUUCUAUUACGACAUGUACCUUGAAGAAGGGGGUGUGUCCAGCAAUGAUUUCUCUUCUUUGGAGACUUUAUGUAAGAAAAUCAUUAAAGAAAAACAAGCUUUUGAGAGAUUAGAAGUUAAGAAAGAAACUUUACUGGAAAUGUUUAAGUACAACAAGUUCAAAUGCCGGAUAUUGAAUGAAAAAGUGAAUACUCCAACUACCACAGUCUACAGGUGUGGCCCCUUGAUAGAUCUCUGCCGGGGUCCGCAUGUCAAACACACUGGCAAAAUUAAAACUUUGAAAAUACACAAAAAUUCCUCCACAUACUGGGAAGGCAAAGCAGAUAUGGAGACUCUUCAGAGAAUUUAUGGCAUUUCAUUCCCAGAUCCUAAAAUGUUGAAAGAGUGGGAGAAGUUCCAAGAAGAAGCUAAAAACCGAGAUCAUAGGAAAAUUGGGAGGGACCAGGAACUAUAUUUCUUCCAUGAACUCAGCCCUGGAAGUUGCUUUUUCCUGCCAAAGGGAGCCUACAUUUAUAAUACACUUAUCGAGUUUAUCAGGAGUGAAUAUAGGAAACGAGGAUUCCAAGAGGUAGUCACCCCAAACAUCUACAAUAGCCGGCUCUGGAUGACCUCGGGUCACUGGCAGCACUACAGUGAGAACAUGUUCUCCUUUGAGGUGGAGAAGGAGUUAUUUGCUCUGAAACCCAUGAACUGCCCAGGACACUGCCUCAUGUUUGAUCACCGGCCAAGAUCCUGGCGAGAGUUGCCUCUGCGGGUGGCCGAUUUUGGGGUACUUCAUAGGAACGAGCUGUCGGGAACACUCACCGGACUCACCCGCGUACGAAGAUUCCAGCAGGAUGAUGCUCACAUAUUCUGUGCCAUGGAGCAGAUCGAGGAUGAAAUAAAAGGUUGUUUGGAUUUUCUUCGUACAGUAUAUAGUGUUUUUGGAUUUUCUUUUAAAUUGAACCUUUCUACUCGCCCAGAAAAAUUCCUUGGAGAUAUUGAAGUAUGGAAUCAAGCUGAGAAACAACUCGAAAACAGCCUGAAUGAAUUUGGUGAAAAGUGGGAGUUAAAUCCUGGAGAUGGAGCUUUCUAUGGUCCAAAGAUCGACAUACAGAUUAAAGAUGCGAUUGGUCGGUACCACCAGUGUGCAACAAUCCAGCUGGAUUUUCAGUUACCCAUCAGAUUUAAUCUUACUUUUGUAAGCCAUGAUGGUGAUGAUAAGAAAAGGCCAGUUAUUGUUCAUCGAGCCAUUUUGGGAUCGGUGGAGAGAAUGAUUGCCAUCCUCACUGAAAACUAUGGAGGCAAAUGGCCCUUCUGGCUGUCUCCUCGCCAGAUAAUGGUAGUUCCAGUGGGACCAACAUGUGAUGAAUAUGCCCAAAAGGUACGGCAGCAAUUCCAUGAUGCUAAAUUCAUGGCAGAUAUUGAUCUGGAUCCAGGCUGCACAUUGAAUAAGAAGAUCAGGAAUGCGCAGUUGGCACAGUAUAACUUCAUCCUAGUUAUUGGUGAAAAAGAGAAAACCAGUGGCACUGUUAAUAUCCGUACAAGAGACAAUAAGGUACAUGGAGAGCGUACUAUUUCUGAAACCAUCGAACGGCUGCAGCAGCUCAAGCAGUCCCGCAGCAAACAAGCAGAGGAAGAAUUUUAACAAAGACUCAUUGGCACCGUGGAAAAUGAUGAGCAGUGUUUCCAUAACAUUGAAUUCGGGAGAACGUCAAUUUUACUGAAGUUGGAACAGAUAGAGUCGGCAUAGAUGGCUGCAGGAUAAACCUUUAUUGACUAAAUGGAUUUUGGACAUUGUGUAUUUUAAGGAGUUAAUUAAAAGAGACCCUUUAAAAUUGUUUUAUUCCUUAAAUAUCUGAGCACUGGAAAUAAAACAUGAAGAAUGCUUUAGUGUAUUGUGGGAGAACUUUUUUGUAAACUUAAUGCAGCUACAAAAUAAAAUUUUUCCAAUUUGAUUAAGACAGAAGAUUAGAAUUGGAUUAUGUUGAAAAAAUAAAAACUUUC